GGUAGGUGAGGAGGUUAUAAGAAGAGAAGUUAUGUUUGCCUAGUGCAAAGCAUUACCAAAAACUAGAACAAGCAGAAGGGCAAUUGUGUUUCUUGCUUCUCUUUUGUUUGGAUACUUUAGAUUAGAUAUCUAGCUUAAGAUUUUAGCUAUUAUCACCAGCAUCUUCAUCAUCACCAUGGCUUCGUCAAACAGACACUGGCCUAGCAUGUUCAAAUCCAAGCCCUGCAACACUCACCACCAAUGGCAGCAUGACAUCAACCCAUCUCACAUGUCAAGUGAUUGCCACAAAGCCCCUUACACCUCAGUAUGUGAAGAGCGUAGUCCUGAGCCUAAACCGAGAUGGAACCCGAAACCUGAACAAAUUCGUAUACUGGAAGCUAUUUUCAACUCUGGAAUGGUUAACCCACCAAGGGAUGAGAUAAGGAAAAUCAGAGCUCAAUUGCAGGAGUAUGGCCAAGUAGGCGAUGCCAAUGUGUUUUACUGGUUCCAAAACAGAAAAUCAAGAAGCAAACACAAGCUGCGCAACCUUCAAAGCUCUAAACAACAGUCCCAGCAAAAUCAACAAACCCACCAAACUCCUCCAAUCACCAAUAUUACCACCAUCACUGCACCUUGUUCUUCAUCUUCCUCAUCCGAGAAAUCUUCACCAAAAGGAGCUAACAAGAGUACUCUCUCUUUGAGUUCUCCAAAUGUCAUCGAUGUUUCCAACUCUCCGACUGCUUCUGUGAACCAGACCUACUUUCAUCAACCUCAAAACGAAUUCUUGAACGAGCCCUUUUUCUUUCCUGUCCAACAGACUGCUGCAGUAGCCGGAUUUACACAAGGGUUUGGCUUCUCCGAGCUAACCAAUGUGAUUCAAGUCCCUGAUCAACCAGUUGGACCCUGUACAAGUCUAUUGUUGAGUGAGAUAUUGAGCCAUGGGGCUUCAAGGAAAGAACAUGAAGAAAACAUGAAGAUGCAGCUCCAGCUUAGUUACACUCUGACCAAUGCUCCUAGUACUCAAAAUAUUAUUCCUCCCACUGCUUCCACCAGUACUACAAGAACUGUUCCAUCUAAUAAUCACCCCAUUCAAGUUGUUGGGGAACCGGGUGCAGUGGAACCUGCAAGUGCGGCUAAAUCGACGGUGUUUAUCAAUGAUGUAGCUUUUGAAGUGGCUGUGGGGCCCUUCAACGUGAGGGAGGCUUUUGGUGAUGAUGCAAUCUUGAUCAACUCCGCUGGUCAACCUGUUCUCACGAACGAGUGGGGGUUAACGCUUCAGUCUCUUCAACAUGGUGGAUUUUACUAUCUGGUCCGCUCGUUUAGCCCCUUCUCCCUAUAA